CUCUCUCGCUCUCUUUCUCGAUUCCCUCUGCGCCCACCUGAACUCAGAACCCCCACGCCUCACCAAUCAGGAAGGAGACCCUGAUCUCGAUCUUUAAAUGCCUGCGCCUUCAAAGCAGAGAAAAGUCGCCAUUGUCGGCAGUCGAUCCGUCGGCAAAUCCUCGCUUGCGGUCCAGUUCGUCGAUGGACACUUCGUCGAGAGCUACUACCCGACCAUCGAGAACACCUUUAGCAAAGUAAUCCGGUAUAAGGGACAGGACUUCGCUACCGAGAUUGUUGACACUGCUGGACAGGAUGAGUACAGCAUCUUGAACUCGAAGCACUUCAUCGGCAUCCACGGCUACAUGAUUGUUUACUCGGUCGCCUCGCUGCCCUCUUUCGAGAUGGUGCAGGUGAUCCGCGAGAAGAUCUUGAAUCACCUGGGUACGGACUGGGUGCCUAUCGUCAUCGUGGGCAACAAGAGCGAUCUGCGACCGGAGCAGCGACAGGUCUCAGCCGAGGAUGGUCGCAAGCUCGCAGAGAAGUACAACUGCGGCUGGACCGAGGCCAGCGCUCGCUAUAACGAGAACGUUGGUAAGGGCUUCGAGCUUCUUAUAGCACAGAUCGAGAAGAGCGCAAACCCGGGCGAGGCUCCUGCCGGCGGAAAGUGCCAGAUGAUGUGAGGUGCAAGGUCUGAGGCGUGAGGUGUGAGGUGUGGGGUGUGCGAUGCAUUACGUGACAGAAGAUGGUUUACAUGACACGAAGAUGAGAAACACAAAGACUUUUGAGAAGAGCAAUCGUGGAUAACUUGAAGAUGGUCAUGGUCAUAGAUG